CACCGCUCUCUUCCCAAGCUUUUGUCCGAUCUGAACAGAAUACACAACAGAGAGAGAGAGGGAGAGAGAACUCAACAAUGGCGUCUUUCGAUGACACAUACGGCAUGACCCACGACGGUGGCGACGAAGUAGAACCAACCUCUGGUCCCUUCGACAACGAUGGCUAUAGCGGCUACGAUCCUCACCUCGCCUCCCAGCGCUACGAGUUCGACCUUCCCGCGGACGACUCCGUCGCAGUGGACGACGCUCCUCCACCGCCCAUCUACAACCAAAACGAAUUCUCCGGCGGCGACGUCCACUCCUUUAACAAUAACGACAUGCAGUCAGCUGAGACCUAUGGGUUCGGUUCUUCGCCGCCACCGGUGUCGAUCCACGAUCAAUACACUGCGUCGCCGUUUGAGGAGUCUCCGUUUGGUCAUGAAUCGAAUGGCAAUGCGAAACCGUACGAUAUGGGAGCUGAUACGGAGGGGAUAUUUACGUCGUCCGAUGGGCCGGUGCUCCCAGACCCCUCCGAGAUGCGCGAGGAAGGUGCUGCUUUUCGCGAGUGGCGUCGAGACCAAGUGGAAAGUGGAAAUCUUAGAGACAUGAGCGGUUGUGAGAGGGAGACAUCAAGUGGAGACGAAUCUGUACUCUGCCUUUCUAUAUAUAGUAAGAAUAAGUGGAAUUUUUAUAAUGCCAUAUAUGUUAUGGUUGAUUCAACUCUGAUGCAGAAUAUUUAG